UGGUUGCACGUUCUCCCUUCCUGCCCCUCGAGCUGGUGCCUGGAGGCGGCGUGUAGCUCUUUUAUUGUUCCCGUGGAAAGCUCAACGCGCCGGGUCUCCCCUACAUUUGUUCCCAAUGGCUACCGCGGCGCGACCACGUCCCGCUUGAGAGGGAGCGGUUCGGCUGGCGAGGAACCGGGAUUUACCGAGCAGCGACUUCCAGGGAUUUAACGUCCGCGUUGGAGACGCCGAGCUCCUGAAGGAAAAAAGAGGGACGUGAACAGAGGCGCCUGCAGCCCGAGAGCCCCUCGCCGUGGCCGCCAUGGUGGAACCGGCCGACAAGCCGAUCGCAGCCGGACAGAGGCUGGGCGCCCCGGAUAGCUUUGGGGUGUCCACUCUGGAGCCGGGCCUGCGUCCUCUCGCCCAGCCGCCGGCGGGGCGACUCUCCUCCAUCCGGGUCCAGAUGCUCGACGACACGCAGGAGGUCUUCCAGAUAUCGCAAUGUUCCACCGGCAAAGUGCUGUUUGACCUGGUGUGUGUCCACCUCAAUCUGGCAGAGGGAGACUACUUUGGACUGGAGUACCAGGACCAGCGCAAGAUGACGGUGUGGCUGGACCUGCUGAAGCCCACGCUGAAACAGAUCAGAAGGCCUAAAAACACCAUCCUUCGCUUCGUGGUGAAGUUCUUCCCCCCCGACCACACGCAGCUCCUGGAGGAGCUCACUCGGUAUCUGUUCGCCCUGCAGAUAAAACGUGACCUGGCCUGCGGUCGCCUCAUCUGCAACGACACCAGCGCCGCGCUCAUGGUGUCCCACAUCAUUCAGUCCGAGAUAGGAGACUUUGACGAGACGCAGAGCUGGCAGCACCUCCUCCACAAUAAGUACCUGCCCGACCAGGACGCCAUCAGAGACAAGAUCACCGACUGCCACCGCAAGCACGUCGGGCAGACUCCCGCAGAGUCGGACUACCAGCUGCUGGAGAUCGCCCGGCGGUUGGAGAUGUACGGCGUCCGUCUGCACCCGGCCAAGGACCGAGAGGGCACCAAGCUCAGCCUGGCGGUGGCGCACAUCGGCGUGCUGGUGUUUCAGGGGUACACGAAGAUCAACGCCUUCAACUGGUCCAAGGUUCGCAAGCUCAGCUUCAAGCGGAAACGGUUCCUGAUCAAGCUGAGAGCCGACCCGGCACAGAGCGCCCACCACGACACGCUGGAGUUCGCCAUGGCCAGCCGGGAUUGCUGCAAGGUCUUCUGGAAGAUCUGCGUGGAGUACCACGCCUUCUUCCGGCUCUUCGAGGAGCCCAAGGCCAAACCCAAGCCCAUCCUCUUCACCAGAGGGUCCUCAUUCCGCUUCAGCGGUCGGACCCAAAAGCAGAUCAUCGACUACGUGAAAGACUCGGAGCUCAAGAAACUCCCAUUUGAGAGGAAGCACAGUAAGAUCCUGUCCACCAGCAGCCUGCCGCCUCCGUCUUCGUCCUUCAGAUCACAAGUGCCAAAAGAGAGAGCCGUGUCUUUGCAGUCGGCAGACAAGCUCGACUCGACCCGACUGGGCCACCGAGCUGAAUGCAGCGGCUCCGAAGAGCCGGCGGCGGCCUCAUCGACCGCCAACGGCUUCCACGGCGUCGCGGCGGCGGCGCCCGGCUCGGACCCGAUUCAGUCCCGACAGAACCACCACGGCGGCGGAUCGGCGGCGGACCCGCAGUUCCUCAACCCAGAAAGUCCCGGUUCGGAGGACUCCCCGGCGGGAAGUCCCCGCGUGGUCGUCAACGGCAACGGCUCGGCCAACGGCAGCGCCGCGGGCGUCCCGCGCCAGUGUCCCAAGGGUCGGCAUCUGUCGCCGCUCACCAGCCCGCUGCUCACCGACGCCGGAUGCGUCCGCAACGACGAUGAAGAGGAGGCGAGGAGGAAGAAGUUUCCCACAGACAAGGCGUACUUCAUCGCCAAGGAGCUGUUGACCACGGAGCGGACCUUCCUCAAUGACCUGCAGGUCAUCACAGAGUCCUUCCACGGUGCCGCGGGGAAAGACGAGGCCUUCCCAGAGUCCGUGAAGAACCUGAUCUCUGCCAGCUACGACCCGGUCCACAAGUUCCACCAGGGGUUCCUCAAAGAGGUGGAGCAGCGGCUGGCGCAGUGGGAGGGUCGCUCCAACGCCCACAUUAAAGGAGACUACCAACGCAUCGGGGACAUCCUCCUGAAGAACAUUCAGGGUCUGAAGCAGUUGACGGUUCAUCUCCAGAAGCAUUCAGAGUGCCUGGUGGAGCUGGAACGGGUCUGCAGGUCCAGUCGGAAGGCCGAGGCCGUGUGCCGAGACUUUGAGCAGCAGAGGGUUUGCUACCUGCCGCUCAACAUCUUCCUCCUCCGCCCUCUCCACCGCCUGCUGCACUACAAACUCAUCCUGGAGAGGCUCUGCAAGCACUACCCCCCCACCCACGAGGACUUCAGGGACUGCAGAGCGACCCUGGCUGACAUCUCUGAGAUGGUGCUGCAGCUGCAGGGAACCAUGAUGAAGAUGGAGAACUUCCAGAAGCUUCUGGAGCUGAAGAAAGAUCUGACCGGCAUCGACAACCUCGCCAUCCCCGGCAGGGAAUUCAUCCGGCUCGGUUGCCUCAGCAAGCUCUCAGGGAAAGGCCUUCAGCAGAGGAUGUUCUUCCUGUUCAGUGAUUCCCUGGUGUACACCAGCCGGGGAAUGACCCCGUCCAACCAGUUCAAAGUUCACGGCCAGCUGCCCUUGUACGGCAUGACGAUCAGAGAAAGUGAGGAGGAGUGGGGAGUCCCUCACUCCUUCACCUUGUUUGGACCGCGCCACUCUGUGGUGGUGGCAGCCAGCUGUGCGUCGGAGAUGGAGCGCUGGGUGGAGGACAUCCGGAUGGCCAUCGACCUGGCGGAGCAGAGCAGCAGCUCGGACACCGACCUGCUGUCUGACAACAAGCUGUCGGAGGACGGCGGCGCCGAGUCGGAGGAGGAGCUCUGCGGCUCGCGCUCGUCUCUGGAGCGCCAGGGUCACCGCGGCAACACCACCGUGCACGUCUGCUGGCACCGCAACACCAGCGUGUCCAUGGUGGACUUCAGCGUCGCCGUGGAGAACCAGCUGUCGGGUAACCUGCUGAGGAAGUUCAAGAACAGUAACGGCUGGCAGAAGCUCUGGGUGGUCUUCACCAACUUCAGCCUGUUCUUCUACAAGUCCCACCAGGACGACUACCCUCUGGCCAGCCUCCCGCUGCUGGGCUACUCCGUCACCGUGCCGUCCGAGUCCGAGAACAUCCACAAAGACUACGUCUUCAAACUCCACUUCAAAUCCCACGUCUACUACUUCCGAUCGGAGAGCGAGUACACCUUUGAAAGGUGGAUGGAGGUGAUCCGCAGCGUCACCUGCUCGGCCAGCCGCCCCACGCUGAGCGCCAGGAAAGAGCUUUACUGAGAGACCGGGGGGGGUCGAGAUCCGGACCUCCUUAGACACAGGGUCGCUUCUCAUGCCUCUGAAAAGCUGAUUCACACACACCUUUCCUUCCCCUCUUGUAUAAACCUUCUGCACCGCGAGUGUCUGUGAUGGCGGUCGGCCACGUAUUUCUGGCAGCACAAAGUCCUUCUGGUCUUCCUCUUAUUAAUUUAGUUUAUGCCAUUGAGUGUUGUUCACACGGAGAUUUAAUAUUCACCCUCAACGACAUCCUGUUUUUAAAAUUAAGAGAUAUGAUUGUCCCGGGACUCUCCAGAGGUAUUUGGGACACUGGAGCAUGAGUUUGUGCACAGUGUUGUUUUGUUGUUUGUUCCUCUACGACGACAUAUUGUGUAUUACUGAGACAUAAAACCCGGAUUUUAACUAAUAAUGCGAUGAAUUCAACGUGAUGCCAGUUUGGUCACAAUUAGAAAACAUCCAUCUUUUAUCUCUUUGUAAGGCGACUUUUUGUACAGUACUUUGAUACACUGUGAAAUGUG